GGACCGCGGGUGUGACUGUUCAGGACCAGACCUAUCGCAGUCCGCGUUCGCCAGUUCUUAAUCCGAUUAUUGAGCACUAUAAGAGACGUUCAAAGUUGCGACGACCUUCUUGAUACCGAUCGCCUUACCUGCGGUCUGCCAGAUCGCCAGAUCGUCAGACAUCAUGCCUACUAAUCGACCCUUCUUCGCCAACUUCUUCUCCGCGUUUCGAGCCCGAACAAAUCCUACAUUUCAAGCAAAAUCGAGUCCUACAUAUGACGCGGUUUCACCAGGCUCGCUUGUGGCCGCUGCUCAUGUCUCUACCACAACCGCCACGGUGACCUCGUCGGGUACGAGAACGAUCACGACGAAAGCGACGGGAGAUAACUCGGCUUCAUCACAACCAGCACAAAGUAAACCCUCCACCACGUCACCUCUACCAUUCUCCUCCAACACCAACACACAUCGAUAUGUUCCACCUCUGUCGAGAUCACCGGGACCGAGCUCACCUGGUGGACCUCAUUCACAUAAUGCCAACCUAUCCAUGUCACCUCCUGGCGCGUCUACACCUUUAACAAGAGGUCGACAACGGAGAGGAAGCGAUAGUUCCAAUUCUUCGGGCGGAUUUAUUGACGCGUUGGGACCAGAGAAGUGGUACAUCGGCGGCCGUAAUGCCGGAGGUGAAGAGACAUUCUACAAACUGGGCUUGGUGACCUCUGGCACGGGCAAAAGGGUACGCAGUCUAGAUCGACUCAGUCUAUGAGGGUCAUAUCAGGCAUUAAUGAUGGGGCGAGGGUAAGAUUUGGUUCAGAAAGCCGACUUCAGGCCGGGUCUAUAACACCACGGAAAAGUCGCAAUCCAAGCGAUGAUUAUGACCAACAUGGGAUUUCUUUGCAAACUUGUCACUCGGAAUAGUACUGGCGAAAACCCUGCGGGUAUGUUGCCUGCCGGACUGGGCAUG